AUGUUGCUGGACGAACUUGAUCUGCCGCUAGACGAUGUCGUCGUCGUCGAUCGGUUGGCUAUUGCUGACUACGACUACAACGAAUCCAACAUCCUGCCUCAAGAUGAGGCCACUUUGAGGAGAUUACAAGAUUGGCUCAGACCUACCAAGCAUAAAGAAGAUGGUAGCGAACUGAAGAAGCAUAGCAGCUCCCAUCUGGAGGGUACUAGCCAGUGGCUCCUUGACUCGCCCAUCUUUCAACAAUGGCAUGAUAGUCGCAAUGAUGGGAUUCUGUGGAUUCGCGGUGUUCCCGGCACUGGCAAAUCCGUCCUUGCCUCGAGACUCAUCCAUCACCUAUCAUCCGAAGAUUUCCCAGUUCUGUACUUCUUCUUUCGUCAUACCAUCCAAUCCAACCAUCGCCCCGAAUCUGCACUCCGCGACUGGCUUGCUCAAGCCUUGCCCUUCAGCCCUCCUCUUCAACUGACAAUUAAGAAUCUGAUCUAUCGGCCCAUCUGCCUCGACUUUGUAGACGAUCUGUCUUUGGUUGAGCGGUGGCAUCUCGUUCGGCUUGCCCUGAGAGACAUGCCCAGGGCCUACUGCGUUAUCGAUGCCCUCGAUGAGAUGGAUAACAAUGCCUUGGAAAGUUUCUUACAAUUGGUUGAUCAACUGGGCAAUAUGCAGCCUGAUAGAAUCAAACUUAUCAUUACGAGCCGGCCUAUCGCGACGGUUGAGAAGAUGGUGCGAAACUUGAAGCUUUUGGACAUUCGUCUAGAUAAGAAAGCUAUCAAUCCUGGCAUCUCUACCUAUAUCGAACACCGACUCGCUGCCUCCAAACUGUCGCCUGAGACCAGGGUUGCAGCCAAGGAUACAGUUUUCAAGAAAGCCGAUGGGUUGUUUCUGUAUGCCAAGCUGACCAUGGACAAGAUAUCUGGACUGCAGAACGGACCCGAAGCGGUAAUACUAGAGAGUGUUGAAAGAAUGCCCGUCAAUCUGUCAGCCAUGUAUAGAAACCUCCUGGGGGAGCAUAUGGACCGUGCCAGACUCCCAGAAGGAUUGCAAAUUCUUGUCCUGAAGCUUGUUACCCAUGCCACUCGACCCUUGCGUCUUCUUGAGAUAUCCGAAUGUAUCAGAGUAACCCAGCCCCAAUAUGGUCAAGACACUGGCACUGUCAAGAACCACGUUCGAACUUGUUGUGGGCCAUUACUUGAAGUCCUUCCUGACGAAACUGUCCGCGUUGUUCAUCAUUCCCUUACUGAGUAUCUGCUGGGACUUGACCGAUCUCCGGACGAUCAUGAGAUUCCUGUGUUUGAGCCUGGCCCGACACACAAUCUUCUCGCAAACAUCUGCCUAUCAUAUCUUCAAUCGAGCCAUCUGGACAAGAUUAGGUUUCACUACUUUGGUUCCGUCAUUAAAAUCGUCACCUUAACAAACCAACAACUGCCGCCUUUUAUGAACUACGCGAUGAGAAACUGGAAUAUUCACGUUAAAGAAGCUGCUAGGCGAGGUUUCAUACAGGAGGAAACAAACGACAGGAUCUUUUCAACGCUCAUGAUUCCGGAACAUGUUAAGAUACUGACCACCUUGGCGGAGAAGCCACCUGUGGGGAACGAAUUCCGAGGGCGCCUUGAUCCGCAAGCGCCCCUUGAGACUGGAGUCUUGAUUCUCUCCAUCAAACUGGGGUUGACCAGUUUUAUUGGCAGUCUACUUGAGCGUUAUGAUGGAAGAGCACUCGAGUUUCACGGGUUUUCACAGAUAUACCCUCCAUUGCACCAGGCUGUGGAUGACGGAAAUCUAGACAUUGUCCGUUUGCUCAUCGAGCAUGGCGCUGAACUGGACGAACACGACUAUAAGGGAUUCACACCACUUCACAGGGCGUUAGAUGGCGGCCCAAGAACAAAAGGUGAAAUGCGUACCGUUAUCAUCGAUAGCCUACUCAAAGCUGGCGCCGAUCCAUGGAAGAUGCAGGAUGAAAGCCUGGCAGACAUCAACGACCAUGCUAAGUCUCCAACGCCUUUGUUCCAAGCAUGCAAGCAGGUCGACCCCAUGAUGGUUUCUAUCCUAUUGAAAGCCGGAGCAGAUCCAAACACCAGCCAAUUGUUCCCAAAAAUGAGUACGUACCCGAAACUUGGUUGUUCCCGCGAUGAAAUGGAAAUGGCGGGACCCAACGCUCUACAUGCUUUGGCAGCACCUCACUCUCCAUCCAAAGAUCCAUUCAACGUCUAUAAGCGAUCUUCGGCCUUUCCCAACAAAUAUCCACCUGAUGAUGAAGCUGUCCGAGAGUGCUUCCGGUUAAUUAUCGACGCAGGUGCCGAUGUCAACCACGCCGAUAACCGAGGGAAUACGCCACUUCAUCUAGCAGAAAUCCCUCUAAUGGCACAACUCCUUCUUGAAGCGGGAGCGGAUAUCACUGCGAUCAACUGGUGUAACAACACGCCGCUUCAUACCGCCCAAAAUCUUGAUGUCAUGAAGAUGAUACUUAACAAGGUUGAUAUCGGAAUUAGGGACCGAGAGAGCAAGACAAUGUUUUUCCGAUUGCUAGAAGGGUCAGGCACCAGACGAGACAAGGGAUUCAGAUCAUUUCAAGGUGCUCUGCCGCUGCUUGACCUUGGGGUUGAUGCUCGAGCCGUCGACAAUGAGGGCAGCACUGCGUUGCACUAUUUGGCCUCCACAGAAGAAGGGAUUGCUAGUCCUGAAGGGUUACAACUUCUUCACAGAUUAAUGCAGGACGGAGUCAAUCCAAACUUGCAUAAUGCAAAUGGUGAGGCUGCCAUUCACAAGCUGGCUCUACACUGUCGACGUUCUGGAACUGUGUCGCCUCCGUGUUUGAGGACAUUUAUCGAGCUGACGAAAGCUGCUAUCAACGCCGUGGAUAGCAAGGGCCAAACACUUCUCUUCAGCAGCAUUGAUAGGGUUCAUUCCAACCUGGAAGACUUAGUGAAGGACUACGGAAAAGAGGGGAGAUUUGCGCUGGAUGACACGACGAAAAACGCAGUGACUAAGAGCGGGAGCUUCAUUUCAGUCAUGGCCGAUCUGGGAGCCCGAUUCGAUGUGACAGACAAGCAAGGGCGGACAUUGCUUCACGCUGCAGUUCGAAAGUGUCAAAACGACAGGGAAUAUAAUGUACUACGCCGUCUCAUUGACCGUUUUAUUGAGCUUGGAGCUGAUCCCCUCCGAGCUGAUCUGGAGGGAAACACAGUAUGGCAUGAGGCAAUGCCGAAAUAUGCAGGAGAGGAGUCCCAAGGGUCAUCCUCGCUGGAGACUCUGCAAAGCAUCACAGCUUUGGGUAUCGAUCCUACAAAGGCCAACAAUCAGGGAAUCACGCCGUUUCAUCUCCUCUGCGAAUACGAUCAGCCAGCUACCAAGACCGCCUUGUUUGAAUACCUUUUGCAGCAGCAUGGAGGAGAUGUCAACAUGAGAGACAACAAUGGAGUUACUGCACUUCAUAUCGUAUCGACCUACUCCACAGACUUCACAAGGAGCCUUCUGGAGCUCGGUGCUGAUGCAACACUAGUUACAGAGGAGGGAAUGAAUGUCUUUCAUCUUACAUCCCGAUGUCGGCAGAGCAACACCAUUGGCCUUUUUUUUGGAUUGGUUCAGGGAACGAACCACCAAGAAAGAGCUGCAGAAUCCGUCGAGCUUCUCAUCAAUGCUGGUGCAGUUGUAGAAAUGGAGACAUAUGAAGGCUCUGCAUUGAAUGGCUGUGUUCAGACUGAAGAGGAGAUGAAAAAUUGGCAGAGCUCUCCGUCACAGACUGAUCCUCCUGAGUCGGGUGGUGUCCUUGUAGAUGAUACAAGGCGGCCCAGGAAUGCACGAAUUGAAGGACGGCUUCAAGAAACCUUAGAUCUCCUCAUCGCCAACGCCGCUACACCAAAUUGGCAUCUCAUUGAUAUAGCCAUCGCUGCAGGUGCUGAAAUGGCCGCAACUGAGAAUCUGAAUCCGGGUGAUAAGCGCUACCACGUGUGUCGCCCAGACCAUGAUUACACUGUCGAGUGUCUCGUACAAGCGCGAAGGGCUUUGAAGGUUGAAGACGACUUACCACGCGCGUUAGAGGUACAACAAUGCUUACAACGACGAGAAGAUAUUGUGAAGGAUUUCUCUGUCAAGAAGGAAUGCACAUGUGGCGAGUGCUAUAAGCUUCCGCGGCUUGUACAGAGACUCAAGGAACAGAAGUGUUAUGAAGCUAUUCCCGACUACGUCAACAAGCUAUCCCCCAAACCCGAGGACUUGCACUAUGUUCUCGUCACUCUCGCAAACGAAGGCAUGGCAAGGAUUCUCGAUACCUUGCUUACACCAGAAACAAUUCUGAGCUCUGGGAUGAGAAAGGAUGAGAGCCUUUCUUCCCUGAUGCGUGCUGCCUGUGAAUCUACAGAGCCUAAUAUGCCAGUAAUCAGGCUUUCAGUAUCGAAGGGGGUUGGCCUGGGUGAAACGAAGUCACCAGAGUGCAACUUUCUUCAUGUUCUAUCCCAAGGGAGGAGGGAAAGGUUCUCCCGAAGGGGGCAACGUCCCUGGUGGCAUGUUCCUUGGUGGCAUACAGGCCAAGCGCUUCCGUACCUGAUCAAGCAAGGCGUGUACCUUGAAACCAGAGACAGAGAAGGGCUCUCACCCUUGAAUGCCAGCUUAGACGACAUUGAAAAGUCCGCGUGGAGGCCUACGGCUACGGAGAUGCUUCUACAGGCUGGUGCAGAUCCCAAUAGCGUGGCCUACAAAGGGAAGUCCUGUCUUGCACGUGCUGUUGGUAACAAAACAGUCUUCAAACUGCUGGUCGGCCAUGGGGCUAUCAUCGACCCCUCCCUGCUGACUUCCGCCAUUCUCGCCAAGGAUGUUGGUAUGGUAGAGAUGAUACUAUCUUCUGGUGCAGAUCCAAAUGUCCGCAGACCACCAAGCCCCCCUUCCCCAGAUAAAAAGAGGCGGAGAAAGGACGAGAAGUACACUUCUGUCUCUUUUGACGAGAUGUACCCUCUUGAUAUGGUGAUUUACAUGAUCGAUAGCCGUACUGCGAGCGCGGUCGAUUGUGAGGUUUACCUUCGUAUGGUUGAGAUGCUGCUCGAGUUUGGCGCUGAUCCAAAUGCUCGCUUCCAUCAAAAAACAGUGGCGCAUAAGGCACUGAGAAAGGAUGUCAGGUACGGCGACUCUAUGCCUUGGGAAAUGUUUCUCAAUCGCAGGGCUACUGAAAGCGUCCGAAGGAAAUAUUUAGACCUCAUUCUCCAGCAUCCGACACUGGACAUCAACUUGAAGGAUGCUGCGGGUGUUCCAUUGCUUCAUGUUGCUUUCGAGGACGCCGAUGAAGCGUCAACUCGAAUACUGAUCGAUAGAGGCGCCGACCUCUACGCAAGGGAUAAUUUGGAUAGGACGAUCCUGCACAUAGGACCUUCCCUUCUGUCCGAGAAGAGUUUAUUCGACGAAGUCAUGACUCUUGCGCCAGAGCUUUUGAAUCAGGUCAACAAAGUCGGCAGAACACCACUACAUUAUGCACUGGAUGAUAGAGACCGGUUUGGAUAUCUGGGCAGAAUAGAAAGGGUCGAAGCGUUUGCCCAAAUGCUUAUAGCUGCAGGAGCUAGUGUCCGUGCAAAGGAUGAAAAUGGGGAUACACCACUUCACCUUCUUCUCCAGAGGAAAUGGUACCUACUCGUGCAUGAAGAUGGCAGUGAGGUUUGGGAAGGGCCCGUGUACCCAACAAUGGAGUUGCUUCUCUCGAAAGGUGCAGACAUCAAUGCACGAAACGAAAUGGGCGAGACACCUAUUUUCGCGUUCUUCCGCGAGGGUGAUUUCCACGUCAACAUGACCAGAGUCUAUCCCGACAAGUGCUUCGGGCAUUGUUCAUGUAUCCACCAUUCGAAUGUUGAGAGACAAGCCAUGGAAGAAAAAAGACCAGUGCUAUGGGCGUUGCUUGAGAAGGUUGGUGUGGACUGGACGGCUGUUAAUGUGAGGGGGCAGUCCCUGCUCCAUGUUGUGGCGAAUCGAGGAGGCUGUGGAAGUUGUUUCACGAGAUUGGAAAGGUUUAAGCUUUUGGAUGGGCAAGGGGCUGGAUCUGUUGGUGGAGGAUCGAGAGCAUCGGACAGCGUUGGAUAUUGCUGCUGCGAAUGGGGCUUCUGA